AUGAGCUACUCACGGCCUUGUACAAGUUGCUUACUUCACCCCCCCUUUCAAGUCAACAAAACCUCAACCCAGAUCAGCUGCCUGGCGGUGACGCCCAGCGCCGUUUUCGACCGCUGCGAAGGAAGCAGCCGCUCCGCUGUGCUCCUGACCAGGAAUGGUGAGUUGCCAGCCGGGGCCAUCUCCGUGCCUCUCUUUGUGACAAACGCGGCACGGACGCCCUCUGCCACUGCAGAGGGUGGUGUGGGAAACACUUGGGUGCUGGAGUCGUUCGUGGACCUGCAGAACACGUCGGCGGUGCUGUCGGCCCCGGCCAGCCUCGCGCGCCAGCGGUCGCAGGUGCCCGGCUACGAGAUCCGCGACCUCCUCGAGGCGACGAUCGGAGGCAACACGCAGCGCGCCGUGGUGACGACCGUCUUUGUGUGGUUCGUUGCUUCGCAGUUCCUGGACGUUGGCUCCGCAGUGGAAGUGCAUGCACCGCCUGGGUACGAGCUGCGCUGCCGCCCGCGGGUGCAAUACAUUAGCCUGCCAGCAGGCUCCUGCAUCCUGAUUGCAGGCGUUACCUCGACUUCCGGCGACGUCUAUCAUCAGUACCUGUCCUUGGCACUGACCUUGCCAGGGCAGCAAGUGUACCCCAACACCGCAUACGAGUUCGGUGUGGCUGCUGUCAACCCGAGUACUGCGGCGACCCCCAACUACUGGGGCCUGGUGCUGCGGAAGCCUGGUGGCGAAGUUGCUGACUCCACCCGUACACUGCCGGGCUACGACCUUACGGACUUCCAGCUUGAUGUGCAGACGCCCCUACCAUCCUCCACUCGGCCUGCGGUUGUGAACUUCGUCCGCGUGGCCAUGACGUUCGCCAGGGAGCUUGCACCUGGACGUGUUGCACACAUCUCGAUCGUGGCUCCAACCUCUACAAAGGUGUUGUGCCAGCGGUUUCGCGACCUCUCUGGUGGAGGCAACAACGCCGAAGCCUUGUCGCUGGACCCCAGCAUCGGAACCUACGGCACGCACACCUGCCAACUCCAGAACUCCCUCACGAUGCAUUUGCUGCUGUCGCGGCCAAUUCUGGCCGCGAGCCACACGGCAGAGCAAGGGAGUCGCUGA